AAGAACUUUUGGCUUCCCACGCUAUUAUAUCACUGUACAGUGAACCCCAAGGCCAAAAACCCCACUCUGACCCCAAAUCCGCUUCAGGCCAAAAUCCACAUUUCCCCACUGUUAAUCCCCUCAACAGCUCUGCAUGCCCAAAAAUUCAUCUUUAAUUCUAGAAUCAGAUGUCGGGAAAAAUGGAGGAGGUGGCUCCGAUGGAGGAAGUGGUGCAGGCAUUGCUGGAAUGCAUGGUGGAACCAUUAUUAGGGCGUAAUUCUUUCAAAUCAAAGGAUGUUCCAACACUUGAUCAACAACGUUCCAUGGCAAAACAUGUGGAAGCUGUUGUGUUGCUCUACAACUACUACUAUAGGAAGCAACAUCAAGAUCAUAAAAUAGAGUUUCUUAAUUUUACAUCAUUUUGCCAAUUGGCUGUAGUUUUGAAACCAAGUUUGGUGACAUAUAUGAAAUUAAUGCGUCGAUCAGAUUACACAGACGUGGACGAUUUGGAAAGCCAAAUCUCGCUCACUGAGAAGGCAAUUAUGCGGGCAUGUGAUAUAUCUUCGGCACUGGAUGCUGCACAAGUUGAUCCACUAUCAGAGAAAUGGCCUAUUUCCAAAGUUGUUGUAUUCUUAGUUGACUCAAGGAGGGAGAAUUGCUUGCUCAUGCGUAGUUCUAUGACCUAUGCUGUUUGGUCCAUUAUUGAAAAACAUCUUGACGUCUCCUCAGGUUAUCUUUUUGAUUCAAAGUGUAUAAACAAAAAGAAAAGAUCUACUAAUAUACCUUCAACCAGUUCUCAGUAUACUGAUGGAGCAGGCCUCGAAGAGCUUGCGCUUUCUGCUGCCGCAGAAGCAACAGGCAUCAAUAGAAAUGAUCUGGUUGUCCUAGAGAGCCACCUUGUAUAUUCCUUAGAUAAAGAAAAAGAAGCAGCUCGAUUAUAUCUUGUACAAUUCACUAAGUCUGUCAAUGAAGAUUUUAUGGUUCCUAUUGGAGACGUCAUUGAAAGCUUGCAGGGUCCUCUAAUCAAGAAAAUCCUAAGUGGAUGGGCGGUUUCUCCAGCUGUUGAGUAUUUUCACUUGAUGCCCUACAGAGAUAUGUUGUCGAAUUGGUAUUCUAGUACAAUGAAUUGUGAUCACAGGGAGCUGUUACCAAAUGGCUUGCAAGAUCUAACUGUAGAACUGGUAGCUGGUCAUGCAUAUGAUGUACAUAUUGGAGGUAGCUCUAGUGAGAAAGAAGUAAAUGAGGAGAACGUGGUUCAACUCAUGAUUAAGUCGUGCAAUACUGAUUGUGAUGAUGAAAAGAUUGUUGAAGCGAAAAGAAGAGGCAUUCAGGGGCUCUCUGCAGUAGGCUCGUCUCAGUUGGAUUCUCAACAUUCUGAGGAUGUAGUAACCGCUUUGGCUUCAAAGGAAUCUGCAAUAUCACGAUCUGCCUUGACUGUUCUUUACUGGAAAAGAGAGAAACUGAGUUCUCAGCUACGCACUUUGGAAGAUGAGAUUGCAUUGUGUGAUAAAACUAUUCGGACAGUAUUAAAUGGAGAUGAAAAUGAUUUACCAUUGAAGAUUGAAGCUCUUGUAGAUGGCUGUAAUGACGUGUGUGUGAAAGGUGAAGGAGUUGAGUACAAUACCAAUCAACUGGUAGAAGACCAAUCUAUUUAUAGCAAGGGAAAAAGAUUGUCCGAGGCCAUUCUUACUUUGCAAAACCAAUGUCAGCAAUUGGAUCAACUGUGCUGCAGGAGUAACUGGGCAUUGCCAACAUAUCGGGUCUUUCCAUUUGAGGGUGGAUUUCAAGCCAAAGUCAUUGUGAAAGGUGCAGAUUUCGAAUUUACCAGUGAAAGCAACAUACGUGAGAGUCCGCGUGAAGCAAGGGAGUCCGCUGCUGCACACAUGAUUGCGGAAGUAGCUCGCAUCUCAGGUCAGAAUCAAUAGCUUUGCAUGGGUUUAUGGCUCUUUGCAAAUACCAAGAUCAGACCUUUCCUAUCAUCUCAUUCUCCUGUGUAAAGUCAAUGCCAGACAUGUACUCAGAAAUACUAACUUGUCUGACUCUAAAAUUGGUAUGCGCACAACCAAUAGAUAUCGGCACUAUUCAGUUGUUUGCUGCUUCUUUUACGUUGUAGUGUCAAGAGUGCCUGAAGCAAAAGUGAAUAUCGUUUCGUAAUUUGGAGGAAUCGCUUUAUUUUUAUGGUGUUUGGUAGCUUAAAAUUGGUUAAGGCCGAAAGACGUAUAACGAUACUAACUUUGUACUGAAAAAUGCAAGUAACUUUCCAUUACAACUGAA